AUGCAGAGCCGAUGGUUUGAUUUUGGAGGAAAUACAAUUGUUCGCGCGGAUCAGUAUAUCCGCCUGACCUCAGAUCGCCCCUCACAAGAAGGAUGGAUUUUCUCGCGCGUGCCUUUAACGGCUACGAACUGGGAGAUUGAAGUCGAAUUCAAGAUCCACGGAAAUGGCAAUCUCCACGGCGACGGCAUGGCUCUCUGGCUCACCAAGCAGCGCGCCUCACCCGGCCCAGUGUUCGGAAGCAUCGACUCUUUCGAAGGCCUCGGCAUCUUCUUUGACACCUACAAGAACAACCGUCCUGGCACCGUCUUCCCCUACGUAAUGGCUAUGGUGGGCGACGGCAAGAAAGUCUACGACAAAUCGAACGACGGAAAGGACAACGAGUUCAUGGGCUGUUCAGCUCGCGGUCUCCGAGGCGCAUCGAUCGCUACCAGGGCGAAAUUGACGUAUUUCCAAGACAAGAGCCUGAAGCUCGAAUUGCAGUAUAAGACGGAUGGGCAGUGGGAGCUGUGUUUCGAGACCAACGAGCCGCCAAUGAUCCCCUCGGUGGCAUACUUGGGUUUCUCCGCCGAGACGGGAGAAUUGAGUGACAAUCACGACUUGAUCAGUGUUUCGACGCGGAAUUUGUAUGAUACCAAGGGACGGGACAGCACGGCGAGCAAGCCUGGUCCCGGGGGCAAGACCGCUUCGACAGGAGGGAAGGUCAAGGCUCCCAAGGAAGGAGGGAGCUGGACGUGGUUCUUCUUCAAGAUCUUUAUGUUCUUUGCGGUGUGUGGUGGUGGAUACGUGGGCUACACUGCGUGGAGGACGCAGAAGAGUAGAAGUCAUCGCUUCUGA